CGCGGCACGGAAAUUGCCGAAGCUGUCGCCAUAUUCUCGGCGAGGGAGUGCGUUCGUGGGCGAAGGCGGCUUGGUCGCUAGGGCCGGAGGGCCCCCCCCAAACCGGGGCUGAGGAGCACCAUGCUGCGAUUACCUGCUGUCCGCAAGUGCCUGAAUGGUGUCACUCAGACAACUAAAGGAUGUGUGCGCACAACAGCAACAGCAGCCAGCAACCUUAUAGAGGUUUUUGUCGAUGGGCAACCCCUUAUGGUACCUCCAGGAACCACGGUGCUUCAGGCUUGUGAAAAGGUUGGGAUGCAGAUUCCUCGUUUUUGCUACCAUGACAGACUGUCUGUGGCCGGAAAUUGUAGGAUGUGUCUUGUGGAGAUAGAGAAGGCACCCAAGCCGGUAGCUGCUUGUGCCAUGCCCGUGAUGAAGGGCUGGAAUAUCCUGACAAAUUCCGAGAAGUCCCGGAAAGCGAGAGAGGGUGUCAUGGAAUUCCUGCUUCUGCUGGCCAACCAUCCACUGGACUGUCCUAUCUGUGAUCAAGGAGGGGAGUGUGACCUCCAGGAUCAGUCAAUGAUGUUUGGCAGUGAUAGGAGCAGAUUCCUGGAAGGAAAACGUGCCGUUGAAGACAAGAACCUCGGUCCGCUAGUGAAAACUAUCAUGACCCGGUGCAUACAAUGCACCCGAUGCAUCAGGUUUGCGAGUGAGAUUGCGGGAGUCGACGAUCUAGGAACGACAGGAAGGGGAAAUGAGAUGCAAGUUGGUACUUACAUUGAAAAAAUGUUCAUGUCUGAAUUAUCCGGCAACAUAAUCGAUAUCUGCCCAGUAGGCGCCCUGACAUCUAAGCCCUAUGCUUUUACUGCUCGUCCCUGGGAGACCAGGAAGACGGAGUCCAUUGAUGUUCUUGACGCAGUCGGGAGUAAUAUUGUCGUGAGUACCAGAACUGGAGAGGUAAUGAGGAUUUUGCCCAGAUUGCAUGAAGAUAUCAAUGAGGAAUGGAUAUCUGAUAAAACAAGAUUUGCUUAUGAUGGUCUGAAACGUCAGCGCCUCAUUGAGCCAAUGGUCAGGAAUGAAGAAGGCCUGUUCACCUCCGUGUCGUGGGAGGAUGCCUUGACGUGUGUGGCAGGAGCGCUUCAAGGUUCCCAGGGUAACGAAGUCGCUGCCAUUGCAGGAGGCCUGGUGGACGCAGAAGCGCUUGUCGCUCUCAAAGACUUGCUGAACAGAGUGAACUCUGACAACCUGUGCACUGAAGAAGUGUUCCCUACUGCAGGAGCUGGGAUAGACCUGCGGUCUAACUACCUCCUGAACACCACGAUUGCUGGAGUGGAAGAGGCAGAUGUCUUGCUUCUGGUCGGCACCAAUCCUCGCUUCGAGGCACCGCUGUUCAACGCCAGAAUCCGAAAGAGCUGGCUACACAAUGAGCUGCAGGUGGCCCUCGUGGGUAGUCCGGUCGACUUGACUUACACCUACGACCACCUGGGAGAUUCCCCACAGCUGCUUCUGGACAUAGCCUCGGAGAAACAUCCAUUCAGCAAGAUCCUAAAUCAGGCCAAAAAGCCGAUGGUGGUGGUCGGCAGCACGGUACUUCAGCGGGGGGAUGGAGCGGCCAUUCAUUCAGCCAUUUCCACCAUUGCCCAGAACGCUAAGAGCAAAAGCGGAGCUGCCGCCGAGUGGAAGGUCCUGAACAUCCUUCAUAGGGUUGCCAGCCAAGUAGCUGCACUUGACCUAGGCUACAAACCAGGAGUGGACGCAAUCCGGAAGAACCCUCCCAAAGUCCUGUACCUCUUAGGGGCCGAUGCAGGUUGCGUUAGUCGUCAGGAUUUGCCCAAGAAUUGCUUUAUUAUCUAUCAGGGGCACCAUGGUGAUGUCGGCGCCCCGAUGGCUGAUGUCGUUCUCCCAGGAGCCGCUUACACUGAGAAAGCUGCAACCUACGUAAACACCGAGGGCCGAGCUCAGCAAACCCGAGUUGCGGUGAUGCCGCCCGGCGUGGCGAGAGAGGACUGGAGAAUUAUUAGAGCCGUCUCCGAGCUGGCCGGCAUGACCCUCCCGUACGAUACCCUUGAUCAAGUGAGGAGCAGAUUAGAAGAAGUCUCUCCAAAUUUGGUCCGAUAUGAUGACGUGGAAGAAGCCAACUACUUUCGCCAGGCUAAUGAGCUCUCCAAGGUGGUGAAUCAGAAGCUUCUGACCGAUCCCCUCGUUCCACCCCAGCUCACAGUGAAAGACUUCUAUAUGACAGAUCCUAUCAGCAGAGCAUCACAGACAAUGGCUAAAUGUGUGAAAGCUGUUACAGAGGGGGCUAAGGCAAUUGAAGAACCAUCCUUCUGCUAAGGAAUGAGAUCCGGAAGUCCACCAGGCACUAAAAGAGUGAUUUUUCUCCACUUCUGUUCUCCACCCACCUGUGGUAGUCAGUUUUUGGGUUCAGACCUUCUUUAAAUGAAUGCAGGUAAACUUUAUUUAAGGCUAAUGGUCAGUGUGCAUUUAAUAAUUAUGUUCAGCACAAUUUACUGUAUCUAUGCAUACUUAUUAUGUAUACUGAUUGUGUACAAAAAUGAUGUAAAAUUAAAACAGUUUUACAGAUGG